AAGUUCGGUUGCGCUCGCAGUCACGUGAUGACGCGGGACUCACAUGACGUUUUUUCUUUGCAGCAGCAUUAACUCAUCCAAAACAUCUUUUCCGUUGUGCUCUCCUGGUUCUGGUUAGAAGUACCUAAACUCUGCACACCUACAGUUAUAAACAGACAGUCAAACAGGCAGUCUGGUUGAACAAGAGUCGUUGCAUAUGGAGGUAGAGGAGAUGGAAGAUGAAGGACCUUCGCUCCAGAGUGAUCCUCCACACUGUGAAGAUCUCCAGCUGGAACUUCAUCACUCAUUGCGUCUGGAGAGCCCAGCGCCCGUAGAGAGCGUGUUCGUGGAUAAGAAAGCGGUGGACAAACUCACAGAGGGAUUACUCUCUCACUACCUACCGGAUCUACAGAACUCUAAAGGAGCCCUCCAAGAGCUCACACAAAAUCAGCUGAUAUUGUUAGACACACUGGACCAAGAGGUCACCAAGUUCAGAGACUGUAACACCUUACUGGACCUCAAUUCUCUGUUUACAGAGGCGAAGGUUUAUCACAAUAAACUGGUGAACAUAAGGAAAGAGAUGAUUAUGCUCCACGAAAAGACAACUAAACUAAAGAAAAGAGCGUUGAAGCUUCAGCAACAGAAGCAGAAGGAGGCGCUGGAGAAGGAGCAGCAGCGCGAGAAGGAGCUCGAGAGAGAAAGGCAGCUUAUUGCCAAACCUGCAAAAAGAACUUAGGAUCCUUAAGUAUGUCUGCUGUGUAAAUGGAUCAUACAGGUGCUUUUGCACGUCUCAGCCUAUUUAUUACAUAUCAACUGUACGUGACAUUACUGCCGACUGUUUUCCAAAGCAAAAGUAUUUUAGAUUUGGGGUUUUCUUUUGCACAUUUUUGGGGCAAGAGAAUCAGACGCAGAGAGAGGAGGAGAUGAGAUACAGAUAAGAUUUCCAGGCAGCUUUAGUUUCAACUCAUUUUGGGAUCGUAUUAAAAUCUACUUGAAACUGGAUUGAUGCACUUAAUCCAUCACGCUGAAUAUUACGAAGUAGACAUGAUUUUUACAAUGCUUUAUUGCAUAUUAUCUCAAGCAGGUUUUAUUUUUCUUCCAUUUUUCUUGGAAUUAUUAGGAAUCAACUUGGCUCCAUCUAUUUGCCACCGACUGAAAUACUUUAAAAAAUAAAAAUACGUCUCUAUACGUAGAGGUAACAAGCUUAUUUUAAUUGAAAGUGUGGAACUGUCUUUGCUGAAAGAAAUGGAUUUAAAAUAAUUCCAGUCCAGAAUCUUUAAGACUAAUAAGAGUAGAGUAAUGUGCUUUGGGAAAUGGUCCACUUAAUCGACAGUAUAUGUGAUUUUUAGUAAAUGGGCCAAAACGUGCAAAUAUUCUGGUGUGAUCCUUUAUGUCGGACAUUGGCCAAAAAAACCAAAGACAUGGACUAAAUCAUCAAAUGCUGGUACUUCCCACGAUCAACCUCUGAUGAGACACAGACUCCAGAUCUUCCCUGAGAGUGGAACAAAUUACUCAAAGACACUUUUGCAGCCGUCGGACAAUGACAAGGAGGAGAAUCAAUGGGUUUGCUGUUAGAUGAAGUGUUAAUAUAUGUGAUUCCUGUUGGUGUUGAAUGUUAUAUAACAGAUAUCUUAUUUAAAUUGGUCUGCACUAAAUUCAACUGAAUGUGUUUCUGGGGUUCAGGUGAUAUGAGAGUGGAUGACAAUGUGCACCAAACUUUGCCCCUCGUCAUACACAGCAUCUGUAAAUCUGUUUAGCAGAUCUUUUCGAGAGGCUUCUAUGCACUACUCCCGCCUGGAACUUUGUUUGUUUGUACGAUUAAUAAUAAAGGCAACACAAACUGGU